GGGUGAAGUGAAAAGAGUGGAGUGGAAGAUAAGAGGUUGCGCCUUGCAAAACAGCUGGGCUCUGUCGACUCUUACAAAGGGACGGCGUUUCACGAGAUGGUGAGCCGCCUCUAUGCACUACUAGUGUCUUCAUUUGAAGGCUACCUUGACUUCUUCUGAAGCUGUUAUCAGCUGGAAGCCUUUCUAUUGAGCAAACCCCACCAUGGAUCCUGUCAAGACCUCCUAUGUGAGGUUGAAUGAGGAGAAAGUUAUUGCAAAGUCGGACAUAUUGUCCCUUCUAAAAACUUACAACUGCUACCACGAGGGAAAAAGCUUCCAGCUUCGCAUUCGUGAGGAAGAGGGCGAGCUGAUCGUGGAAGGUUUACUCAACAUCUCCUGGGGCCUGAGAAGGCCAAUCAGACUUCAGAUGCAUGAUGACAAUGAGCGCUUUCGCUAUGCCUGCAUGGGUGCGUGGAGGUCAGAGAGCCCAGAGUCCAGCAGGAAUGAAAACGCUAAACACCAGUUCUGUUCAGAGCCCAACAACAAUAAAAUAAGUGCCACAACUCUAUCCAAUGUGGAUGGAGUUGAGGAGGACAUUCCUCAAUUGCUGAGAACAAGAAGUGAUGCCAGCUUUGUGAACAUCCAAAGAAGAUCCAAACUCCACAGCAUUUCUGAUUCCCAGCGGAUAAAGAGACACCGGUUCUCCAUCAAUGGCCAUUUCUAUAAUCACAAAACAUCAGUUUUUACUCCAUCAUAUGGGUCGGUGACUAAUGUGCGAGUGAACAGUAAUUUGACCACACAGCAAGUUCUGAACCUGCUUCUUAAUAAGUUUCGGGUUGAGAAUAAAAUAGAUGAGUUUGGUCUCUACCUAGUGCAUGAAUCAGGAGAGAGAACAAAACUCAAGGAUACAGAAUAUCCUUUAGUAUCUCGCCUGCUGCAUGGUCCAUGUGAAAAAAUUGCCAGAAUAUUUAUAAUGGAAACAGACCUUGGGGAAGAGAUUACAUAUGAUGUUGCACAGUAUAUUAAGUUUGAAAUGCCUGUUUUGGACAGUUUUAUCAAGAAACUGAAAGAGGAGGAAGAAAGAGAGAUUUUAAAACUGACAAGAAAAUACCGCAUGCUGAAGUCAGUGAUAUUGCAGAAAUUGGAUGGCAUCUCUGAGAAUGCAAGUUAUGUGUGAGGAAAAUGUGCUGAGAUUAGAGGCUUUUUCUCUGUGUUUGAGCCACAGGCUGAUAGCUUUUAGGUUGGUUUUUGUAUUCUUAAUCAGUGCAAUAACUAGUGUAUGGGAAGUAUAAGGUACUAGUAACUAUGUUUUCUUGAGAAACUACUAUUAAAGCUUCUUCUGAGGCUAAAUUUCUAAAUACAAUAAACUGCUGGAAACAUGCUUACAAUGCAUGUUAAACCUGCUUGUAUAAUGGUUAUUUAUGUUAGCAUAUAAACCCUUUUUACAUUUCCAGGUUUCUCAGCAGAAGUUGUUAUAGUUGGGUAAACUUAAUGGGGAAAGAAUGAAAGAGUACAACAAUUUUUUUUUUUUACUUUUUUGCUGAAAUAUUGAAAGAAAAAAAAAUCAUGAUGGUGUAAUCAAGACUUUCUGAAAAAGAAAAAAAAUGUGUAAGACUGAUGAGGGCAGUCAGAAGAGAGAAUAACAUCAAAUGUACUCUCAGCCCCAUAGACGCUGCAUUAGAAACACCCAAGCGCUUAUUCAUUUUUGUUAUUUGAUGCAAAGAUGAUAUACAUACAUAAAUACAUAUAAAUGUUCAUACAUUUUUUUUAAUCUAGACAUUAAAAACUUUCAAGGAUUUAAGAUUAGCAUGACCGUUAAAUGCAUCAUAACAAUCUUGUGAAAAGGGUCCAUUAGUCAACUUGCUAGAAAGCAUGUUAUUAAUAUGCUAAUUCAUGUUAACAAUGUGUUAAAACAUACCAGAAAACGCAAUCUGGUAAAACAUGUUAGAGAAAUGCCAGUAACAUGCUAAUGCAAGCAUGUGCUAGAAACAUUCAUAGGUUUCUUUCUGUACACUUCACUUUAACUUUUAACUUUAAGCUUACAAAGUUUUUAAACUUUCUUAAGCCAACAUAAAAGUUUGUCCCAACUACUAUUUAAUUGUAACUUUACUGCUGUAAGUACUUUUACCUACAAUUCUCAGGCAUUCAAAUUACCUAGAAUGUUCUUUUAUGAUGCACUUGUGAUUUUAAAAGACAAACUGUUGUAUUUUUAUUAUUUUAUCCUAUACAAUAAUCAAUAAUUAUUGAUUAUUUUAUUCAUGUAAAAGUAUAGAAUGUUAUUUUUAGCAUAUUGAUUACUAGUUGAAUAAACAGUUUUACCACAAAUACCUUGGUUAGACUAUGGUUAGUAAUGGUUUAUUUAUUUAAAAAUAAAGUGUUGUAAAAGCCAAGGUUAAUUUGUUUAAGGGAUGUUAAACUUAGAAUAUAUACUCACCUGACAAGUUACAAUAUUACCUUUUAUACGUUUUCAAAAAUAAAAUUAAUAUAUAAGGAA